AUGCCUUCUUUCCUCAACCGCAACAGAUUCACAGGGAAAUCACGCUAUAACUUGAAUAAACUAGCAAGGUGGGGGGCGGAGGGAGGCCCAACCAGCCUCAGUUUCCAGAGGGAAAGAGAACCCACCGCCGCUCACCCUCUAUCUAGCCCUGCACCCCGCAGCCCCUGCCAAGCCGGGCGCGUAAAGAAUAAUGGCUCAACUUUCGAACGCAACGAGGGAGAAGACGCGGAGGAUUUCCCGAGGAGUGCCGAGAAGGUCCUCUCCGCCAGGGACCCGGCGCGGGCCGCCGGCGCCCGGCGCAGCCUUCGGCAGACCCUCCGAGGCGGCGCGACUCCCGCGGCAGCCGUCCUCGGGCCUCGGCCGGGCAGACAGUGUUUACACCUGUCACGAGGGAGGGGGGAGAAGGAGGACGCCGGCGCGGAGCCCAAACUUCUCCUCGGCGGCCGGGAGGGAGGCACCGGCGCGCAUCGCGGGCAGGUGGGUGCCGACGGGCAGGGCGGGCCACGGCGGCCAGCAGGGCACGGCGGGCUCGGGGCGGCCGAGCCCGGGACGCCGAGCGCCGUGGCCCGGCGUCGGGCGCUGCCGGCGGCGCUCCGCAGCGGAGGAGCGGGGCAGAGCCCGCGCGGGCGCCCGCCAGGCCCGGGGCCGCCGCGGGCAGGUGCUCCGGGCCGGGGCGACCGGCCGGGCCGGCCCCUCCGCCCCCCGCCGCACUCACCUGGCUCGUCCCGGGCGGCCGCGAUGGGCAUGGCUCGGCGGCCCGGGGAGGAACUGGCUCCCCGGGGAAGGACCGGUUCCUCGGACGCUGGGCCGGCGAGGGCGGAAGGCAGGCUGCUCCCAGCCCUGUCAGCGCCGCGGCGCCAUGGACGCCCACCCGGAGUUUCAGCGCGGCCGCGGGACCCCCAUCCCGCUACCCUCCGCCCUCUUCCGCCGCCGCCUCCGCCUCCUCCUCCUCCGCGAAGACCCCCGCCCACUCCACACACUCUCCCAUCAUGCAGCGGGGAACCGCUGCUGUCGGACGUCACUUCCGGGCGCAGGUGGCUAGGUCGGGGCCGGGCGCGGGUGGGUGCCGGGGUGGGGGAGGACGCGCCGGGGGAGCGAGUGUCACAGAAUUCUGGCUCCUGCGCAGGCGCCGGCGCCGGCGCCGGCGCCGGGAGCGGCGCGCGCCAUUUUGGGUGCGGGCGAGCUGUACUCACGGGAGUCGCCGCGGUGUGGGCGGAGCGCGUCCGCGGUCCCGGCCGACCCUCCUCAGCGCGACGCGCAGCGCCUAGGUCUCGCCUCGAGUGAAACUGCGGACGUCUGGAAACGCGGAACCAGAUCGCGACUGGAAACCGGCUGGACAGCAUUCACCAGCUCGUCCUCUUAGCCCGGAAAAAAAAAAAAGACUCACUCCCUUUCUCUUUUUAUGUAAGUCGGCAAAGGAGGAAGCUGCUGUUUGACAAACGGGCAGGGACUGUCCUAUUUAAGAGAAGUCAGCAGGCGAACGAACGAGUCCUCCACAGAACCAGUCCAGGACUGUGUCGGUGUUUGGAGAAGUUCAGUCAUUUCAAGAUAACGGCGACCGCAUCACUCUAAAUUGGAAAGUGCUUUGUGAAUGUGUUGGAUUUUUUUGUUGUUACUGCCCAGGCACUGAAGUGAGAAAAAUCUAAAUUGCUUGUCAAAUUUAUUUCUUUUGUAUUUCGCCCCCUGCUGGCAUAGCUCGUGUGCAAAUUUAAAAAAAAAAAUGCUGUAUGUCACCAUAAAUGAAUUAAAGUCACAAAAAAAACUGCCUGUAAAACUGAAAAUUAAUUUAUUUCAAAUAAACAUGUUUGUUUUCACUUGA